GGAGGCCGACUUGGUGCUACCAAGGUUGGGUGCGCGGUGAACGGAUGGCAGAGCGAACCGAACGGAUUCCUGAGGAGCGCGGGACAGCUGUUUGAAUGUUAUCUGUUGCCACCUAUUGAUGUCAAGAUGACUAAGCUGGGAUUUUUACGGUUGUCCUAUGAGAAGCAGGACACACUUCUGAAGCUUCUAAUUCUGUCAAUGGCUGCUGUGUUAUCAUUCUCCACUCGUCUCUUUGCUGUCCUGAGAUUUGAAAGUGUCAUCCAUGAAUUUGAUCCGUACUUUAAUUAUCGGACUACCCGGUUCUUGGCUGAGGAGGGAUUUUAUAAAUUCCAUAACUGGUUUGAUGACCGGGCCUGGUACCCAUUGGGACGAAUUAUUGGAGGAACAAUUUAUCCAGGCUUAAUGAUCACCUCUGCUGCAAUCUACCAUGUCCUCCAUUUUUUCCACAUCACCAUCGACAUUCGGAAUGUCUGUGUGUUCCUGGCCCCUCUCUUCUCUUCCUUCACCACCAUCGUCACGUACCACCUUACCAAAGAGCUCAAGGAUGCAGGAGCUGGUCUUCUUGCUGCUGCCAUGAUUGCUGUAGUUCCUGGAUAUAUCUCUCGAUCUGUGGCUGGCUCCUAUGAUAAUGAAGGGAUUGCCAUCUUUUGCAUGCUACUCACCUACUACAUGUGGAUCAAAGCAGUAAAGACUGGUUCCAUCUAUUGGGCAGCCAAGUGUGCCCUUGCUUAUUUCUACAUGGUCUCUUCAUGGGGAGGUUAUGUGUUCUUGAUCAACUUGAUCCCUCUUCAUGUGCUGGUGCUGAUGCUCACAGGACGUUUCUCCCACCGGAUCUAUGUGGCCUACUGUACUGUUUACUGCCUGGGCACAAUUCUUUCCAUGCAGAUCUCCUUUGUGGGUUUCCAGCCUGUGCUUUCAUCAGAACACAUGGCAGCCUUUGGAGUCUUUGGUCUAUGCCAGAUCCAUGCCUUUGUGGAUUAUCUGCGCAGCAAGUUGAAUCCACAGCAAUUUGAAGUUCUUUUCCGAAGUGUCAUCUCCCUGGUAGGCUUUGUCCUUCUCACCAUAGGAGCUCUCCUCAUGCUGACAGGAAAAAUAUCUCCCUGGACGGGGCGUUUCUACUCACUGCUGGAUCCUUCGUAUGCUAAGAACAACAUCCCCAUUAUUGCUUCUGUGUCUGAGCAUCAGCCUACGACCUGGUCCUCAUACUAUUUUGAUUUACAGCUUCUCGUCUUCAUGUUUCCAGUUGGUCUCUAUUACUGCUUUAGCAACCUGUCUGAUGCCCGGAUUUUCAUCAUCAUGUAUGGUGUGACCAGCAUGUACUUUUCAGCUGUUAUGGUGCGUCUGAUGCUAGUGUUGGCGCCUGUUAUGUGCAUUCUUUCUGGCAUUGGAGUCUCCCAGGUUCUGUCCACUUACAUGAAGAAUUUGGACAUAAGUCGACCAGAUAAGAAGAGCAAGAAACAACAGGAUUCUACCUACCCCAUUAAGAAUGAAGUGGCAAGUGGCAUGAUACUGGUCAUGGCUUUCUUUCUCAUCACCUACACCUUUCAUUCAACUUGGGUGACCAGUGAGGCCUAUUCUUCUCCCUCCAUUGUGCUGUCUGCUCGUGGUGGGGAUGGCAGUAGGAUCAUUUUUGAUGACUUCCGGGAAGCGUACUAUUGGCUUCGUCACAAUACUCCAGAGGAUGCGAAGGUCAUGUCAUGGUGGGAUUAUGGCUACCAGAUUACAGCUAUGGCGAAUCGGACAAUUUUAGUGGAUAACAACACAUGGAAUAAUACCCAUAUUUCUCGAGUAGGACAGGCAAUGGCAUCCACAGAAGAAAAAGCCUACGAGAUCAUGAGGGAGCUUGAUGUUAGCUAUGUGCUGGUCAUUUUUGGAGGCCUUACUGGGUAUUCCUCUGAUGACAUCAACAAAUUUCUGUGGAUGGUCCGGAUAGGAGGGAGCACAGAUACAGGCAAACAUAUCAAGGAGCAUGAUUAUUAUACUCCAACUGGGGAAUUCCGUGUGGACCGUGAGGGUUCUCCAGUGCUGCUCAACUGCCUUAUGUACAAGAUGUGUUACUACCGCUUCGGACAGGUCUACACAGAAGCCAAGCGUCCAUUAGGCUAUGAUCGUGUUCGGAAUGCUGAGAUUGGGAAUAAAGACUUUGAACUUGAUGUCCUGGAGGAAGCAUAUACCACAGAACAUUGGCUAGUCAGGAUAUACAAGGUGAAGGACCUGGAUAAUCGAGGCUUGUCAAGGACAUAAAUGUUACAUCCAGCUCUGAUCUGCUUCGCACUGAGCGCAUCACAUUUAGGGCGCUGAAGACAUUUUUAAAAUAUGUAGUUUAUAAGAACAGAAUGUGAUGGGAUUAGAAUUAUCUGGAUGUUUUGCCCUGGGCAGUAUAGGCUGGGCCAAAUGGAAUGAUCUUUAUAAUUCUGAGCAGGUUACCAAAUGAAAUGUCAUGGCUUUACUUUGGUCAAUUAAAGGGGGGAAUUUUUUUUUUAA